AGUGGGAGUUACCUCCCUUGAACAAAGUGUCCACAGGUGUUCCUGAUCAGCUGGUGUGCAAGCCUUCUGCUUGGAAUUGUCAAGUAAACACUGGAGUUCGUCCUCAGCACGUUGUCAGUAGAUUGUUACAUUGACUGGAAAGAUGGCUUCCAUUGGAAGGCUUGAUGACAAGGUUGCCCUGGUGACAGGUGCCAGUUCAGGUAUUGGUGCCGGCACAGCCAUAUUGUUUUCUCAGCUGGGAGCCCGUGUCAUCAUCACAGGGAGGAAUGAGGAGAACCUGGAGAAGACAGCAGAGCAGUGUACCCAGGACAAGUACAAGCCCGUCCUCCUGACUGGUGACCUGUCAAAGGAAGAGGACACGAAGCGUAUUGUGGAGGAAGCCAUCGCAGCCACAGGCAGGCUGGACAUUCUGGUCAACAGUGCUGGAAUCCUGGAACCUGGUAGUAUAGAAACCACAAGUUUAGAACAAUUUGACAAAACUUUCAACAUCAAUGUAAGGUCCAUCUACCACUUAACAAUGCUGUGUGUGCCUCACCUGGUGAAGACGAAAGGCAACAUCGUCAACGUCUCCAGCGUCACAGGGCUCCGAGCAUUUCCAGGUGUCUUAUCAUACUGCAUGUCUAAGAGAGCCAUUGACCAGAUGACAAGAUGUGUGGCUCUGGAAUUGGCUCCUAAACAAGUCAGAGUUAACUGCGUAAAUCCGGGUGUGAUUGUGACAGAGGUCCACAAGAGAGGAGGUAUGACGGAAGAAAAGUAUGCACAGUUCCUUGAGCACUGCAAGAGCACACAUGCCUUAGGUCGAGUAGGAGAGGUCCGUGAAGUUGCCAACGUCAUCGCCUUCCUGGCCUCCGACAGUGCAUCAUUCAUAACGGGCAACACGGAGGCUGUAGACGGAGGUCGCCAUUGCAUGUGUCCACGAUAAAUGUCUCCUAGUUUCAACAAGACUCUGUAUUUUCAUCACAGAAAAAAUCUAUAUCUCUUACAUCAA